CAAUCAGCCAUGAAAAGGGAAAAAAAACGCUUCUUUAAUUCACCACCUUCUCUAACUCUCAAAAGAAAUUUUAAAUUACUAAAUAAAUAAAAGCUUCCAUGAUUUUGGCUAUGGUGGAUCUCUAGCUUCGACGAAGGAUCUCCACCAUCUUUCUCUCUCUCUGUUUGCAAAUUCAAAUUGUGGUGAUGUGCAAUUGCAGCAAAGCAAUGCAGAUCUGAUCUUCCUUUUCAAUUGAGAGAUCCCACACUCUCAAUUUCUUCUCCAAUUCAGAUCCUCCUCUCUACAAACAACUAAUUCCACCCACGACUAUCUUAUUAAUCCCUUUUUCUUCAAUGGGUUUGCGUUCAAACCCUACUACAACCCUCUCUUUCUCUCCUUCUUUUCUCCUCUUCCUUCUUCUUCUUUCUCUCUUUGCCUCCGUUCAGGUGUAUUCUGCGGAAGCGGAGAAGGAUGAGUUGGAUGGACCUAAAGAUCUCGGUCGACGUAGCAAGAUUUCGUGGAGCAACAGUGACACAGUAGCUGCAAAAAAGGAUGGUGUUGACUCAGAAGAUCUUAAUCUUGACAUGGACUCUAUUGGUCUUGGAGUUUUUGAUGCAUUUUUUGCAAGUUUGUCCAUGAUAAUUGUCAGUGAGAUUGGAGAUGAGACAUUUAUAAUUGCUGCACUUAUGGCUAUGCGCCACCCCAAGUCCAUUGUUUUGUCCGGUGCACUUGCUGCCCUGAUUGUAAUGACAGUACUCUCAACCGGUUUAGGUAGGAUAGUGCCGAAUUUGAUAUCAAGGAAACAUACCAAUAAUGCUGCUACAGUUUUAUAUGCAUUUUUUGGAUUGCGGUUACUUUACAUUGCUUGGAGAUCCAAAUCAGAAAAAUCUUCAACGAAAAAGGAAAUGGAAGAAGUAGAGGAGAAACUUGAGGCUGGACAAUCCAAGACGACCUUCCGCCGCUUCUUUCUGCGAUUUUGCACACCCAUAUUCUUGGAGUCAUUCAUUUUGACAUUUCUUGCUGAAUGGGGGGAUCGGAGUCAGAUUGCAACAAUAGCUCUAGCGACACACAAAAAUGCACUAGGAGUGGCUGUGGGAGCCAUAUUGGGGCAUUCAAUUUGUACAUCAAUGGCUGUGAUUGGUGGAAGUAUGUUGGCAUCAAAGAUAUCUCAAGGCACAGUUGCCACUGUUGGGGGCCUGCUCUUCCUUGGCUUCUCCUUGUCUUCCUAUUUUUUCCCUCCUCUAUAAAAAUUUUGCUACCACACUUCAAAUAUUUUUUCAUCCAAUACCCUUCAUGCCAAAAUGGUCAAGAUUGGUUCUAUUAUUGAGUCAGGGAAGUUUGUUUUGACAUCUUAUGUGAAAUCUAAGAAAUUAAACGAUGCUCAGAAACUGUUCGACGAAAUGCCCAAUAGAGAUGUACUUACAUGGACGGCCAUUAUAUCGGGUUUUUCUAGAGUAAAUUGUUCUGGAAUGGCAUUGCAACUGUUUAGAGAAAUGCUGGUUGAAGGUGUUUGUCCAAAUCACUUUACUUUGUCUACUGUUCUUAAACUUUGCUCUAAAGUAGGUGAUGUGCGAAUGGGUAAGGGAAUUCAUGGAUGGAUACUGAGAAAUGGGGUUAAAUUAGAUGUUGUCUUGGAAAAUUCUCUGCUUGAUUUGUAUGCUAAGUUUGAUGAAUUUGUUUAUGCCAGAAAGUUGUAUGAUUCAAUGGGAGUAAAGAGUACUGAUACUGACAACAUAAUUCUUGGUGUAUACGUCCGUAGUUGUGAUGUUAACAAAUCUCUUCAUUUAUUCAGAAACUUGCCCUGCAGAAAUGCUGCGAGUUGGAAUACAAUUAUAUGUGGGCUAAUGCAAGGUGGGUAUCUGAAUGCAGCGUUGGAGCUGCUCUAUGAAAUGGUGGAGAACGAAUCUGAGUUUAACAAUUUUACUUCUUCCAUAGCUUUAAGUGUGGCUUCUUCUUUACUGAUUCUUGAGCUAGGUAGACAGGUACAUGGCCGGAUUGUCAGGUGUGGUCUUCAUAAUGAUGGAUUUGUAAAGAGUGCACUGAUAAAUAUGUACAUUAAGUGUGGAAAUUUGGAAAAAGCAUCGGUGAUAUAUAGUCAACUGCCUUCAGGUUUUGCGACGAAACAAGGUUCCAAUAUUGUAUGCAGUGACACGAUGACAGAAAUUGUUUCGCGGAGCUCAAUGGUGUAUGGAUAUGUCCGAAAUGGCAAAUAUGAAGAUGCUUUCAAAACUUUUGUGUCUAUGGUCCGUGAACGGGUUCUAAUGGACAAAUUUACCAUUGCAAGCGUUGUGUCUGCUUGUGCUAAUGCUGGUGUUUUGGAGCUUGGACGUCAAGUCCAUGGAUUCAUUCAGAAAUCUGUGGAACAACUUGAUGCUCACUUGGCUUCCUCCUUGAUUGACAUGUACGCUAAAGGUGGGAGUUUGGAUUGUGCCCAUCGAAUUUUUGACCAAAUGACCUAUUACUUAAAUGUUGUAAUAUGGACUUCCAUGAUCGUUGGAUGUUCUUUACACGGGCAUGGUAAGGAAGCCAUUAGAUUGUUUGAACAGAUGAGAUAUGAGGGAAUUAUACCAAAUGAGGUCACUUUUAUAGGAGUUUUAACAGCUUGCAGUCAUGCGGGGCUGCUUGAAGAUGGCCUUCUAUAUUUUAAUAUGAUGAAAGAUGUUUAUGCAAUCAAGCCUAAGGUUGAGCAUUACACUUGUAUGGUAGAUCUUUACGGCCGAGCUGGACUCUUGAAUGAAGUUAAAGAAUUCAUCUAUGAGAAUGAUUUAUCACACCUUAGUGUAGUUUGGAAGGCAUUCCUAUCAUCCUGUCUGCUUUACGGGGACCUUGAAAUGGGAAAGUGGGUUUCUGAAAAAUUGUUUAGACUCGAACCACAAGAUGAAGGGUCUUAUGUUUUACUAUCAAACAUGUGCUCCGGCAGUCAAAAGUGGCAAGAAGCCUCAAGAGCAAGAAGUUCUAUGCAACACAGUGGGAUUAACAAAACACCUGGUCAAUCUUGGAUUCAUUUGAAAAAUCAAGUCCACUCUUUCGUUGCAGGAGACCGAUCACACCCUCAACAUGCUCAAAUAUAUGAAUAUCUGGACAAGCUAAUUGGAAGAUUGAAGGAAAUCGGGUACUUGCAUGAUGUGAAAUUGGUGAUGCAGGAUGUAGAAGAAGAACAGGGUGAAGUGCUUCUUGGUUGGCAUAGUGAAAAGCUUGCAGUUGCUUAUGGCAUAAUCAGCUUGGGUUCUGCCAUUCCAAUCCGAAUCAUGAAGAACCUUCGGAUAUGUACCGAUUGUCAUAACUUUAUGAAGUUAACAUCUCAACUUUUAGGCAGAGAGAUCAUUGUUCGAGACAUUUGUCGUUUCCAUCAUUUCAAUUCCGGUCAUUGCUCUUGUGGUGAUUAUUGGUGAGCUGGGAAAGAGAAUCCAAUGCACGUCAAUUUUCAUGGAUAAUAUCACGUUAAUCUGCCUGGAGUUCACAACGCAGCUGAGGGAAGCAAGACAAAAUAAAUUCAUUAGAAAAAGCCAAAAUCACAAUAUUCUGCUUCUUAGAUGUAUCAACGCCUGUGCAAUUUCGAGACCUGAAUUGCAUAUAACAGUGAACUUCACAAGUUACAUCCCUGAACUGAAUGGUUGAAGUAAAGUCUGACGUAGUUCAACCCAUAUAUAUAUAAUCAGGAUACCAUGAACGUGAUUGGAAAUUUAUGUAAAUGAAUGAGCCAGCGAUUACCCGGUGAACUAAAUGACAACCUUUACCACUUGAUUCCCAUCAGGAAAGAAUAGUGAAUCGAAGAUACUAUGGUCUGAACCCAAAUGGCUCAGUCUUACCACCACCUCAACAACAGUUUCAGAAACACUGAACGUUAAUCAUAUUGAUGUUUAACCGGAAGAGUGGAGAAGUAUUGCUCACAGAAAUCCUCUUACACAUUGUCAGAAUCAUGUUAUGACUUUUGAUAACUUUCUCUAUUAGUGGUUUUAAAGAAAGUGCUUAAAAAUAGUUUAAAGUGCUCUAGAAAUUUUCAAGACACUUUUAGUUGAAAGCACUUUCUAUUUUUCAAAUUCCCUCUGGGAACUUCAAUACCAGUUCUUACGAGGCACAUUGAAGAAAUGCAAGGGAAGAAGAUUCUUAAGUGUUAACACGUUGACCAUUUUUCUCAACCACUUGUGUACUCACGACAGGGCGAAUGAAUGUUUGUCCGUGAUUAGAAAUGGUUAGAAAUAGUGGACUUGGGCCUUGAUGAAAGCCAAUGGGUAGUUAAGAUUUACUUUGUCCUAAUUUUUUAUUCUUUUAAUUAGACUCAUGUUAUCUAUAAAUUUCUUCCUUUUGUACCUUUAUGAUUAUCACAAAAUAAUAAGAAAGAAAAUAUUGGUUUUUUUUCCAA